AUUAAGAUCAUGAGCACAGUAAAACAAACAAAAUAAGUUUCGGAUAUUUUAAACAAAAUACAAGACUUCUAUAGAACUCAGAGUUUGAAUAAGACAGCAACUAAGAAAUUUAACAUAAGCAGAUAAACUAUUAGCAAUAAAAAUUUAUAUCUAUAAUAAUUCGAGAAGAAAUUGGAGGAAGUUACUGCAUUCAAUCCCAGGAAAUCAAUGGUAUUAUCUAAGUUCAAAGAAUAUGAGUAAUCAAAACAAGAGCAAAAUCAUAACAAAGACAUUGCAACGAUCUUAAAAGAAAAAUAAAAAAUUCCAAAAACUAGAAUUUGUCGUCAAUAUAUUAAAACAAAAUAAUGCAGAAUGGGAGCUAAUUGUAAAUAUGCCCACUCCAUCAAAGAGCUAGAUAUAGAAUAUGCACCAGUCGCUUGGACGGUUCAAUUUAAUCCUGAUCUUUAAAUUAAAAGACCCAAAACAAUGGGCGAAUAAAGAUCAUACAGAGUUUUAUAACCUUUCUAGAAAUCAAUGUAAUGA